UUUUUUUAAAAGUAGUUCCUCGUCGAUAGUAGAAACGCAUGUUCUUUUGUCAUAGCUGGAGUGCGACGGGGCAGUGCGCGUUGCGGUGCCUUCACUUAGGCUGACCCUUGCAAGGUACGCACGAAGAAACGUACGACCCAGGUCUGCUAACAACGGACAGGAUGGCGAGCCUUUGUGAAUGUUUAUUUCAAUCAGUGUAAGGCUCUGCACAGAGGACAACAGAUCGUUUUUCUCAUGUUUGUGAUGUUUUCAUUACGAGAUUCGACUCUGAUAGGGGUGGACAAACCCGCGAUCUAAAAGCAUGGAUAACAGACACAUUCUGGACGUCCCUCAGCUCAGCAACGAGAUGCAGCUCAGCAUCAUGCAGAGGGUUAAGAGCGGAGAACUGAGCAUCGACGACGCUCUGAAUCAGGCCAGGAGUGAUCGACUGAGGCUGCUGGAGAAGAGCUUUGACCUGGAGGAAAAGCAGGCCUCACAAUACAAUUUUAGUGUACACAAAUUCAGCUUGUACAGAUGGCAAAAACGGGUGUUUCAGAUUGAUUUCAGCACAAAGACCGUGUGCAGUAUUGAGAAGGGCAUUGUGAAGAGGCAGUUCCUGUUUGCAAUGGUGAAAAACUGCCACGAUGCUGCAGGCACCAAGCUCACUGUGUCAUUUAAGUGUCACCAUGACUACGAACUGGAAGCUAUGUCCCCACAGGACAAGCACAAAAUCCUGGAACUGAUACAUCAGAUCAUCUACAGGAAUAUCCAUCCGACGGAUCUGUAUGAAGAGCCCACAAAGCUGCCUGCAUCCCCGCUGAAGCUUCACGAGGGCCAGCUGCUCCUCCAGAGGGGAGGGCUGGCGUCAUGCAGAUGGCAGAUGUUCAAGGCUCAUCUCCAGGCUGGCCAGCUCACCCUGCUGCCGGUGGGAUGUGAGGUUGUUCCGGGUGAUGAGGAUGGACCUGCCUCCUCUAGCCAGCCCAUCAUCAUUCACCUGUCCGACGGUGGUGCCAAAGUAGAGAGCCACAGCGCCUGUGAUGCCUUCUCACUGAUCACCAACAAGAACAAAUUCCAUUUUCUGCUUCCUAUGACUGGGCACACGUGUGCGGAGGAGGUCAGGGCUGAACGGGAUGCCUGGGUUGAAGCCAUCGGCGAUCUGUGCGUAGAAUGGAAACGCAAGUCCCAGCGUGAGCACAUGUAUGAAGACCUCAAGUUGUUUGCAAAACGAGCCAACAUUGGUGACAUCACUAAGGAACAUGACUGUGAGGCAGAGGCGGGCAGGAAGCAGUACAACCACAGGCCUGCCUUACCGCUGCGCCCCCCCAUUUUAGAAAGUGUGCUCUACUCAGUUCCUCUGCUUGUUCCGUUGCCAGCUUCAAGCCUACAACUGGCAUCUGGGCCUGUUCUGGAGACAGAGUAUGCAUCUGAGUUUAGGGCGGAGUCUGUGCCAGAGAACACUCCAUUGUCCCUAGCAAGGAGUGGCCCAGUGCUUGUGCCCCAAGCUGAGUCCCGCCCAUCACCAGUGCUCAGUCUUUCCCUAAUCCCGCCUCCUCCCCCUCUUGCUCCACCCCUAUUGCCAAAGAAGAAGGAGGCAAGACCGCCCACAGGGAGGACCAAAGCCUUUCACUGGGACCUCAUUGCUCAAGACAAGAUCGCGAAGUCAGUGUGGGCGCGGGGAAGCCCUAGAGAGAUUGAAAUCGACACGAUGCGUCUGUAUGAGCAAUUUGGAGUCAGUGACUCGGGGCCUUUUUCCAACUUGGAGUCGAGCAGUCACGUGGAAAUCCUGCUGAAUCCAAAAAUUGCACACAACUUCAAUAUUUUCCUCAAAAGUUUUCCAGUGCAGCCAAAGGACCUCAAGGACAAACUGUUUAUUGUUAAUGAGAGAGAAGGAGGUCUCUCUGAUGAGCACAUUGCUUCGCUUAGAAGGUAUGUCCCUACUCCUGAUGAUAUAGAAAUGUAUAAGUCCUAUAAAGGGGAAGUGAAUGAUCUGCAUGUGGUUGAUCAAUAUAUGAUGGAGCUGUGCAAUAUCCCAUACCUGAGCACUCAGCUGGACCUCCUGCUUACCCUCAGAGAACUACCAAUCAGCAUAGAGGACCUGAACCCGCUGAUUAGCCAGAAGAUCCGCAUGUGCCGGAACCUGUGGGACUCCGAGUCGUUUGUCUGCGUGCUGGAGUACCUGCUGGCCGUAGGCAAUUACCUCAACCAGCACGCAGGCAAAGACAAGGCCAAGGGAUUCCGCCUCUCAUCCCUAACUAAGCUCUCGCAGCUGAGAGGGAGCAAGAAGCAGUUCACCUUGCUGCAUGCCCUUGUAGAGCAGGUCAUGUUGCACAAGCCCCAUUUGGCAACGUUUUAUCAGGAGCUGGCGGAAUUCGAGACGGUCCCCGGAGCUUCAAUUAAAGGUCUAACAGCUGAAGUGGAUGUUGUGAAGAAUGAGCUACAGAAGGUCAUCCAGUACAGGAAAGAAGGCAAGUGGAAAAGCCCAGGUGGCCUACACGCCAAGUUCUCCAAAGACUUGAAGAUGGCCAUCGAGAAGUACCAUGCUGAGCUCAGCCAGCUGACGAAGAGGUGUGAGGAGAUGAGGAAGCUCUACACAGACAUAUUGGUGAAAUUUGGGGAGCCUUUGAAUCAAGAUUCCCAAGAACUGUUUGGUUGGGUUUGUCAAUUUAUCAAUGAGUUCAAAAAGAUGCAUGCAGAGUUUACCUGCUGAGACUCUACCACCUGUGUCACCCUUUCAUUGGGAGCUAGUGGGCUGGAUAAGACAGACAGCGUCUGCCAAAAUGCCAGUGGCUCCACGGCUGGCCAGCGAUGAACGGAAAGUUCCGGUGGUGAGAGACAGCCGAGUCCCGCCCCCGCCCAUGGUUCUCCAGACGGCCCUGUAGACCAACGUGAGGGCUUUUCACAGCUUUUCCCUUUUGUUCCUCUUCUCCUUUCAGACUGGGCCCGUUGUAGAAUUGAGGCUCUAAACUGUGUUUUGGAACGCUUGCGAUUGAUUUUUGUCUGUAACUUGAAGGAGCGUGAGCUUCUGUGGGUCUUACACUUUAAGCAGACAUAGAGAAGCAGGAAAGGACAGAUGUGCACUUGCUUUAAAAGCUACAGUAGCCUCAGAUGGCAUGUGUGGUUCCCUGAAUGUCUGUUUUGAUUAAUGCACAUUGUAACAAACACACAUAGCAACAGGUCAGACAAAAUAAUAAUUGUGUUGUAAUUGUGGGUUGCAAUUAUUUUUUUCAACAGCUCUCAGUAGUAGAGUAAGAAAAGAAAACAUGAAAGCAUUUUAUAUGUCGCACAUACUAAUGUGAAGAAAAUAAAACUGAAAUGCUUCACUUAGUUUUUUUUUUUUUUUUUUUU